AUGGUCCCCCGUCGCUUCAGUCGCCGCCUGAUUGCACUUGCAACCGCCAUCGCCCUCUUCUUCUUCUACCACGUCACCACCAUCUCCGACCACCACCGCUCAUGGCGGCCACACUUCACAGCCGACAUCCCCCCAGACCUCGAUGAGAAUGGCGAACCAGCCACCUUCUGUCCGCCCUUACCAGGCAUCGAAGACGUCCUCGUCGUCAUGAAGACCGGGGUAACAGAAUCGCAAGCCAAAGUCCCCAUCCACUUCAAAACAACCCUCCGCUGCGUCCCGCACUUCGUAAUCUUCUCCGACUUCGCCGAAGAAAUCGAAGGCGUCCAAAUCCACGAUCGCCGCAAAAAGAACCCCGACUUCGACCUCUACCACCGCAUCGUAAAAUACGGCCGCCAGGGCCUCGAGCAGCAAGACUUCGCCGACGAAGCAAACUCCGCCAUUGGAAAACCCAACAACCCAGGCUGGAAACUGGACAAAUGGAAAUUCCUACCAAUGGCCCAGGAAGCGCUCCGCUACAAGCCCGACGCAAAAUGGUUCGUCUUCAUCGAAGCCGACACCUACGUCUCCUGGCCAACGGUCCUCACCUGGCUGGCCCGGUUCGACCACACAAAGCCUCACUACCUCGGCACCGAGACGCAGAUCGCAGACGUGAUCUUUGCCCACGGAGGCUCGGGCUUCAUGCUUUCGAACCCGGCGCUGCAGCGAGCCUCAGACGAGUAUAGUGCCCGCGAGGUCGAGCUGAAUAUCUUCACCGACCAGCACUGGGCCGGCGACUGUGUUCUAGGCAAGGUUCUCAGCGACGCGGGCGUCAAUUUACAUUUCACCUGGCCGAUUCUGCAGAAUUCAAACGUUGGCGAGCUGGAUGAGUUCACUACGGACUUCUACCGGCAUCCAUGGUGCUUCAUUGCCGUCGCAAUGCACCACCUCUCGCCAUCGGAUAUCGCUAAUCUCUGGAAAUUCGAACAAAAGCGCUGGCGCGAUAAAAAUAAACGCAUCCUCCUCCACGCCGACCUCUUCCGCGAAUACAUCUACCCGGAAAUCGCCACACAACCCACCCGUCUAAACUGGAACAACCUAGCAGACGAAGACCAGCCCUUCGCGCACUCCUACGAAGAUUGUCGCACAGUCUGUGAAGUGCAGAAGUCAUGCACGCAGUUCGUCUACCGUGACAAUGCCUGCUUCACAAGUCCGAAACCCCGUCUCGGACAUGCCGUUUCCGGUGGCGAUGCGACGUCUGGUUGGAUUGUCCCUCGUAUCCGGGAUGCGAUGGAGUCGAAGGGGUUGUGUCGGAAGCCUGAUUUUGGGGAUUGA